CGUAUGGCGUGUGCGACCUAAAGACUACUCCAUAUACAAUCUCAGAAACAGCACCAAAUGAAACUGUUAUUUUCAAUACUACAAAACCUCCGGGAACACCUGUGUCGUUUACUAUUGAUAGUCCAACACAAAGUGCUGCCGUCGCCGCAAUAAUGGGCAGCCUAACGUUAAUUAAUGGUAACACAACCUUUCAAAUGAUAAAUUCAAAAGUCUUAGAUCUGGAAGAGUUCAUGAUCUCGUACGGCGCGGAUAUUAGAGCUAUAGCGCUGUCGGUUACUUGUGGCGGGAGUACUAAAGACGUGUUUAUAAACGUAGCCGAAGUGAAUGAAUUCGUUCCAGUUUUUAAUAACGUCCCAUACAAUGUGACACUGAAUGAGUCUCUAGAAAUUGGUUCUUUGGUAUUUGCCCUGAGGUCAAGGGUUACUGACGACGACGUUGUAGGUGCUCAAAACUUUUUCUUUGCCAUUGAAAAAUACAGUAUAAUUGACUAUGACGGUGCAGCCUAUUUCAAUAUACCAGCAUCAUCUAAAGGAGACAUAACUCUAGUCCAGCAGCUGGAUUUUGAUACCAUGGCGAGAAGCAAACUUUUUCUCAAUCUGAGUGUAACCGAUGAGCCUCCAUCGAGUCCUACAGCUAAGACAACUCAUACCACUUUGGAAAUACACGUAGCAGAAAUGUCGAUGAUCAGCCUCCAUACUUUUGAAUACCUGAUUGUCCCCCGCCUUGUCCAGCGCCACACCAUUUUUUAUCUAUUAUACGACUGAAUUCCCAAGGUCCUUUGUCGAUAAAACCAGCCAUACACGGGAAUGACUCUGACACUCUUGGUACACCACUGAAGUAUUCAAUAAGAUCUGGUAACCAACAUUUAUUCUCAAUGAACCCUGUCACUGGCGCUGUGAAUCAAGAUAGAUCUGUGGUUGCUGCAGGCCUCCCCGAUAAGGAGUUUAGACUCGUCCUUGAGGUAAAAAAAGACCUACCGAAUAAAGAUCUCUCGUCAAUUGGCAUCUUGACAGUUAAGGUGUAUGAACGGAUGACAAACACAUCUGGGAUCUCGCCACCACCGGUCGGGAGGUCCACAGAGGAUACAGGAUCUGACCUGUUGAUCCCUCUCGUUGUACUUGGCGUAUUGCUAGCUAUUGUCAUUGUUUUACUGAUCGUUGUAUUUGUCAUUUACCGCCGUAAGCAACGAGAAAUGACGAUCAGACCAGCAGACGAUAAAUCCGAGCCACAAACAGAAGAAGAAGAUCUUCAUACUGAAGGUGAAGAUUAUACAGGACGAGCAGACUCAAACGAGCGGCUUAUUUUUGGAAACAAGGCCACACUAGGAAUAAUGACAGAAGAGUUUCCGACACUUCCGGUGUAAAGGCUCAUCAGUUACCUCCCUUGCCAAUGAGAAUUCGGCGACCGAAACAACAGAAGGGAAGAAGAAGAAAAAGUCAAGAAGACGAAAUAAGAACAAAGAAGUUGAAAUAUUAUUGACGGGGACCCGAGAGUACAACAUGGGGGCUGACCCCGAGUUCUUUGACUCUACUGAUAAAUCCAAAGUGAAACGAUCGCAGAGAAGCAAAAAGGUAGAAUCGUCUCUUCCAAUUCAAGUGCCAAACGACAAUAUCACGGAUACAGAGUCUGUACAUAUGUAGACUGUUAAACAUUUUUCAAACAGAAUUGAGACGUAUGUACGUGUUUUCUUUACAUACAUUGACAAAAGAUCUGGUCACGCAUACAAGUGCUGAAGUCUUGCCUGCUGGCUUAACUGUCCUUUCAAAACUUUAUUAUAUUCCAUUAAUACAUUGAAAAAUUGAAAUAAACUGAUGUACUUAUUUUUGUACCUGUAUUGCAUUCAAAGAAAAUAUUUAUUUUGUAACACUUUCAUUGCUAAUUCUAACGUUGUCAAAUUAAUCAGUUCUUAACCUUUUUCAUGUGCUUUGUUUAACAUACAAGUUUACCAGUCCUGAAAAACAAUGUGUCUGUCGUAGUUUUGUUAAAACAUGUUACAGUCUGUACUGUGUUAUUUUUAUUAUUUAUUCAUUUAUUUCGGAAGAUUAUGUUGUUUUAAUUAUUAAUCAUGACGUUUUUAUCUGUGAUAUAUCUUUUAUAGAUUUUUGUUUUCUUUCUGCAUUUCACUUUGAACUGACCAUCAUUUUUUUUUAUAUUUUGCUUAGAUAGCUAUAUUUUAACGAUUUAUUAUUCCCAUGCACCAAGCAGUUUACUAGAAUGUCAUUCACAAGGACCUGAGCCAUUAACCUCCUGAAUUUAAGAAACGGAUUUCUCCUGCUUUCUAUUUUGUAGAUCUACAUUGUAUUCAAAGUCCGAGUGAUUCCAAAAUAAAAAUAGAAGAAAAAAGCUUCUAACAGAAUAAAGUCUGGUCAAUUUGCAUGGAAGAACAGACUGGAAGCCAAUUAUUAAAACUUUCUUUCGGAUUCAGCAGGGUUAUAUUCUUAGUCAAGAACUGUUUUAAAAGUAUUUCACUUGAGGCUGGAAAUGUUAUUUUUUAUAUUUUAAAGUAGCUAUAGAAUUUCGCGGAGUGAUUUGACGUAAUGUGAUAUCUUGACGUCACGUCAUUAUGACAUAAACAUUUAUAGUAGAAUUUAUUACACUUUUUAUUAGGGAAAUACUUUCUCUGUAAAAAAAAGAGGUUUUGAAGUCAUGUAAUUGAUUACCGCUUUUGAACCCCCAAAUAAACACACUGAUAAAGUAAAUUCCUUAUGUAUGAAGACUAUAGGAUCAAGGGAAAGCGUGCUUGCAAUUUUAAAUCACGUCGUUAAGCUUCUUCUUCUUUCUUUUUUUCUUUCUUUUUUUUAAAUAAAUUCAUUUUAGGAACGGGCAUUUUAGUUGAUUUGUUUUACUUAUUUUUAUUGCUCUGAAAUGUACUCUUUGUCUAAUUCUACAUACAAUAUUCUCAGGAGAUCGUAGAGUUAUAGAAAUGAGCCGUGCCACGACAAAACCAACGUUAUGCAUUUGCGACCAGCAUGGAUCCAGACCAGCCUGCGCAUCCGCGCAGUCUGAUCAGGAUCCAUACUGUUCGCUUACCAACUCUAUUACAAGUAGAGAAACUGAUAGCGAACAGCAUGGAUCCUGAUCAGACUGCGCGGAUGCGCAGGCUGGUCUGGAUCCAUGCUGGUCGCAAACGCACUAUGUUGGUUUUGUCGUGACGCGGCUCAAAUAUCUGUAUGCCAUAUUUAAAUCUCUUUCUUAUUAAGCUGGUCACUAGACUAAAUAAGGGGCUACAUCGUUAGUUAGAGAAAACUAAUUAAAGCAGAUGAGCGGCAUUUACAGGUUGUGUCAUGGAAAUUUUAUAUAAUAAUAAACAGCGCUUUUUAAUAAUUUAAAUGUACUGAAAUAAGGAACGGUAUAAAACCCGUCGUGACAUUUAUUGCGUAAAUUUUUAACUUACUUAGGUUAAUGUUCGUUGUGCAAAUUGAUCACACUCAGGUUUUUCUUUAAUCAAUUAAGUUGUGUAACUAACGUUAUAUUUUACGAAGUUGUGUAAAUUGAAAUAUUUCAAUUCAAUUUACCUUUUUGAAGCAAUUCUAUAAUUAUGAAAAUAACAAUGUACCAAAUUCAUUCUUAAUUAUAUGUAAGCGAUGCCGCUUAUAAUAUAAAAUGUUGGAUUGUUAAUGAAAUCUGUGAUGCCAUAAACAAUUGUUUGCUGUUGUUUUUUAUGUACAUUUUGUUUUAUUUUCUUUCAAUCAAACGUUUAUAAGCUAGUCAGUUAUAGUUAAAUGUAAAUAGGGAUUUCUUUAUUUUCAAUAAAACAAUAUUAAAAACGUCA